GCUGCGGGAGCCACCGAGAGCAUCAGCCGCCGCCGCCGCCGCGGGAGCCGUUCCGGCCGCACCAUGCGAGAACUGGCCAUCGAGAUCGGGGUCCGAGCCCUGCUUUUCGGGGUCUUCGUUUUUACAGAAUUUUUGGAUCCCUUCCAGAGAGUCAUCCAGCCAGAAGAGAUCUGGCUCUAUAAGAAUCCUCUGGUGCAGUCAGACAACAUCCCCACCCGCCUCAUGUUUGCAAUUUCUUUCCUCACACCUCUGGCUGUUAUUUGUGUGGUGAAAAUUAUCCGGCGGACAGACAAGACUGAAAUUAAGGAAGCCUUCCUAGCUGUGUCCUUGGCUCUUGCUUUGAAUGGAGUCUGCACAAACACUAUUAAAUUGAUAGUGGGAAGACCUCGCCCCGAUUUCUUUUACCGCUGCUUUCCAGAUGGAGUGAUGAACUCGGAAAUGCACUGCACCGGUGACCCUGAUCUAGUGUCCGAGGGCCGCAAAAGCUUCCCCAGCAUCCAUUCCUCCUUUGCCUUUUCAGGCCUUGGCUUCACAACGUUCUACUUGGCUGGCAAGCUGCACUGCUUCACGGAGAGUGGGCGGGGGAAGAGCUGGCGGCUCUGUGCUGCCAUCCUGCCCCUGUACUGCGCCAUGAUGAUCGCCCUGUCCCGCAUGUGUGACUACAAGCAUCACUGGCAAGAUUCAUUUGUUGGAGGAGUCAUUGGCCUCAUUUUUGCCUACAUUUGCUACAGACAGCAUUACCCACCUCUGGCCAACACAGCCUGUCACAAACCCUAUGUCAGUCUCCGAGUCCCGCCCUCCCUGAAGAAAGAUGAGAGGCCCACGACCGACAGUGCGCCCAGCCUGCCCCUGGAGGGGAUCACCGAGGGCCCCGUAUGACCCAGACCUCGGGGGAUGGACUCUGAGCUCAGACCACGCUCUUCCACCCUGACCUCAUCACACAGUAGAAGAGUUUUCUGUAAUAUGUUUCUCAUCCGUUGUUUCUCCAAGUUCUCCUUCUGCUCCCAUUUUGCCGAUGUGAUCCUGCUACAUUCCAUGUCUACUUUCAACUCUCCUGAACUGGUCAAGAGAAGGGCCCAGGAACAUUUUGUGAGAGACACGUGGAAGGAGGCUGCCAGGGUGGGUGGGUGCAGCCUUGUUGAUUCCUCCUUCCGAAAUGUUUGCUGU